AUGGAGUCCGCCUCUGACGCGUGCCGCGAACAAGUUCGGCGCAUCCAGGCAGCCCUACUGCGCUUGGGAUGGCACCAGCGCACCGGGGAUCGUGGUGCAUUCCUGAACACACCCGUCCACAGCACAGCCAAUCCAAGCGACCCACUCACCGCAUCGCCGGUGGUGACGAUGCAGUCGGCGCUGGCAACAGCAGAGGCUCGAGCUGGCGGCGAGGCAGCUGAAGUGACGUCGCCGCCGAAGAGCAUCGCGCGUGCGCCACCUACCUCGGCACCACCGGGAGUGCUGGGUGACCAUGAUGUGAACUGGAGCGCUUGCGAGCGUUGCCGUGACUGCCUCAUGAGUCCGCCGGCAAGCCGUGGCGCUGUCCACGGAUCAACACGCCUUUGCUUGCAGGCCCUGCAGCGGCACCACAACAGCUCUGCUCGAGCAGCAGCGCCAUCCAUUCACCGCACUACCAAGCCUCACACCUUUGUUCGGGUCGUGUGUGACGGUGAGCGCGGCUCGGCACCGGCAGCGGCUGAUGUUCUUGCGUGCCCCUCCUCAGACUCGCUGCCGCUGCCGUCUGCGGGGCGUGUGGCAGUCGCCCAUGCAUUCGACGAUCUCAUUGCAAGGGCCUGGGGACGAGCGGAGGUGGCGACGGCAGGAGGGGCAGGAGGCGUGGGUGGCGGGUGCACCACGACCACAGCGCCUCACAGCGGAGUCGGUCGUCAUUGGGGUUGUGAAGGGUGUGCCGCACCUCCUGAUGCAGCGCCGUCUUGCACGGCGGAGGUGCGUCCUCCGGCGGCGUCCCCCGGAAGGGCGGCGACUCCUUCUGACGUGUCCGCAUCGGUAUCGUCAAUGCUGCCGUUCACGGCAACGCAGCCUCCGCCGUCGACGCAGCUCCACGACGACGGUCGCUCGAGCAGGUAUCAGACAUCACGCUUGGGAGCCCCAACCACUCGCAUAGCCUCGCUCGUCGGUGCUGAUGCUGCUUCCUGCUUUAGCACCCGUGUCGAUCUCUCUAAGGACGCACUUUAUGCCGAAGUAUGCCCGUCAGCCACGGCUUCCCAUGCCCUCCCUCCACCGCCAUCGCCAAGGCAUGCCUUGGCUGCGUCGCAGCUCCAACGGCGUAUGUUACGCGCCGUGCAGCUACUGGAUGCCGCCUUACAUAGCUCGAGCGACGGCAGCAGUGGAGGAGCCGCUACGAGAAGACUCGACAACCUUCAUCAGAUCCUCAUGACAUUGACCGACUCCUGUGGGCAGCCACUUGCGUUGCCGAGUCGCGCGACAGGUGCGGCGCUGCGUCGCUUGCGGAAGCGACUUGUGCAAGAGCUGCUGCUUGGCAAUCAGGCACCCGGAAUGUUGCGGCGCUCUUCGACGUCGUCGCGGAUGCCUUCGAGGCCUUCACGGUCACCUGCCCGUCACGCGGCAAUCCACGACGGCCUCGAAGGCAUCCGCGACGAGGCCAACGCGCGCAGUGGUGGUACCUUCAGCCUGGAGAAUGUUGCAGAUGACGUGCGUCGUGCCAACCCUCCUCCUUUCCCAGCGUCCGACGCCUCAUCCGUUUGCUUCGCGGGCACUCGCUCCGACAUGCCGGCCCCCACCGCCGUCGCUGCUCCGCCGCCUGCGCUCCCGCCGUCGCCUCCUCCAUCGUCAGCCUUAGACCCCUACACGGAGUCGCAGCAGCGGUUUCAGCACGAGGUGGCAACGCUGCAUCAGGCACAGCAGCGACGGCUGCAGCUCCAGCGACAGCGCACCCAUGCACUAGAAUCAACGCGUGCCAGCGUGCAACGUUGA